UUUCUUCAUGUUACACACUGGACCUUUAAUGCAACGAACCACAACACUUGACUGUGGGAAAUCGGCCCUACAUCUUUAGCUCGCUUUGUCUCUCUCUCUCUCCCUAACACACGCACACACACAUAAAUAACUCACGCUCCGCCUUUCAUUCUGCCAACUACACUAGGGCCCAUCACCAGAGAGAGAGAGAGGGAGAGAAAGAGAGAGAGAGAGAUUUACCCUCAGUCUCACAGCCUUAUAGGUUGUGCGCUCCUGUCACUCUCUGUCCAAUUGAGGGUCCAUCCCUCUGUGAACGACGAGACUCGCUUUUAUUUCUGCUCGUGUUCACUGAGAGUCGCGUGUCUUGUUUGGCACAUUGUAAUGGCCUUGUUUUAAUGCUCAUGGGACUCGGACAUCUUUUAUCCUGCUAUGAGUUCGUCGGCAGAGAGGCUUCCGUCAGCGGGGCAACUUUUCCGUGCGCCACGGUGUCGCUGAGCCGCGCGUCUUUCGGUGGCAAAGUUCACAGCGCGAACAUGGGCUCGCGGUGAAAAGUCCAGCCGUCCCAUUUUUCCUUCUUCCUCCCAAAAAAAACAACAAAAAAAACCGUUCGUCGAAAUGCAGAAAAGCGUCCGCUACAACGAAGGGCACGCGCUGUUUCUGUCGGCGGUUGCGCGUAAAGAGGGAACCAAGCGAGGGUACUUGAGCAAGAAGACUGCGGAGAACAGCCGAUGGCACGAAAAGUACUUCGCUCUUUAUCAGAAUAUACUCUUCUACUUCGAGAACGAGCAGAGCGCGCGACCUGCUGGGAUUUACCUGUUGGAAGGAUGCACCUGCGAGCGCGCGCCGGCGCCCAAGAUGUCCACAAUGGGGAGGGAAGCGCUGGAGAAACAGCACUACUUCCUCAUCAUCUUUGGUCACGAUGGACAGAAACCUCUGGAGCUGCGGACAGAGGAGGAGUUUGAAUGUGAUGAAUGGGUGGAGGCCAUCCAGCAGGCCAGUUAUUCUGACAUCAUCAUCGAACGAGAGGUCCUGAUGCAGAAAUACAUCCACCUUGUACAGAUAGUGGAGACGGAGAAGGUGGCAGCCAAUCAGCUGCGUACCCAACUAGAGGAUCAGGACACAGAAAUUGAGAGGCUCAAAUCAGAGAUUGUAGCUCUGAACAAAACCAAGGAGCGAAUGCGGCCUUACCACAUCCCCCAUGAAAAUGAAGACCCAGACAUCAAAAAGAUCAAAAAGGUGCAAAGUUUCAUGCGAGGCUGGCUAUGUCGCAGGAAGUGGAAGAUCAUUGUGCAGGAUUACAUCUGCUCUCCUCAUGCUGAGAGCAUGAGGAAGAGGAACCAGAUUGUCUUCAACAUGGUGGAGGCCGAGACAGAGUACGUUCACCAACUCUACAUCCUGGUGAACUGUUUCCUCCGUCCCCUGAGAAUGGCUGCCAGUUCCAAGAAACCCCCCAUCAGCCACGACGAUGUCAGCAGCAUCUUCCUCAACAGCGAGACCAUCAUGUUCCUGCAUGAGAUUUUCCAUCAGGGCUUAAAGGCGAGGAUAGCAAACUGGCCAACCCUGGUGCUGGCUGACCUGUUUGACAUCCUGCUGCCCAUGCUGAACAUCUAUCAGGAGUUUGUGAGAAACCAUCAGUAUAGUCUGCAGGUUUUGGCCAACUGCAAGCAGAACAGAGACUUUGACAAGCUGCUGAAACAGUACGAGUCCAACGCUGCUUGUGAGGGAAGAAUGCUUGAGACCUUCCUUACAUACCCCAUGUUCCAGAUUCCUCGCUACAUCAUCACCUUGCACGAGUUACUGGCACACACACCUCAUGAGCAUGUGGAGCGCAAAAGUCUUGAAUUUGCCAAGUCCAAAUUAGAGGAACUGUCCAGAGUGAUGCACGAUGAGGUGAGUGACACGGAGAACAUUCGGAAGAACCUGGCCAUAGAGAGGAUGAUAGUGGAGGGCUGUGACAUCCUAUUGGACACCAGCCAGACCUUCGUCAGGCAGGGCUCUCUGAUCCAGCUGCCAUCGGUGGAGCGAGGGAAGCUGAGUAAGGUCCGCUUGGGUUCCCUCUCACUGAAGAAGGAAGGGGAAAGGCAGUGUUUCCUCUUCACCAAACACUUCCUCGUUUGCACACGCAGCUCCGGGGGAAAACUGCACCUUCUCAAGCAAGGUGGCGUGUUGUCCCUUAUUGACUGCACACUUAUAGAGGAGCCAGAUGCCAGUGAUGAGGAGUCUAAAGUCGGUGGUCAGGUUUUUGGUCAGCUGGACUUUAAGCUUGUGGUGGAGCCGUCAGACUCCCCCUCAUUCACCGUUGUCUUACUGGCACCAUCACGUCAGGAGAAGGCUGCAUGGACCAGCGAUAUUAGCCAGUGUAUUGAUAAUAUUCGCUGCAAUGGCUUGAUGACCAGUGUAUUUGAGGAGAACUCCAAAGUCACUGUGCCUCAUAUGAUCAAAUCCGAUGUGCGUCUCCAUAAAGAUGAUGUUGACAUUUGCUUCAGCAAGACGCUCAACUCCUGCAAGGUCCCCCAGAUCCGUUACGCCAGCGUGGAUCGGCUGCUGGAGAGGCUGACCGACCUGCGGUUUCUCUCUAUAGACUUCCUCAACACCUUCCUGCACACGUACAGGAUCUUCACCACAGCAACUGUGGUCAUGGACAAACUCGCCGACAUCUACAAGAAGCCCUUUUCCUCCAUACCCAUCAGGCCGCAGUACCACUCAUUUGACCGUUUGUCCAUCUCAUCCAUGUGUCCUGACUACAGUCUGAAGAUCAAGAAGAUAGCCAUGGAUCAGUCCAAGUCAUUGGAGCUGUUCUUUGCCACUAAUCAGAAUAACCGAAACAGUGAGCACUCAAACGACAAAUCUCCUCGUCUGUGCCGCAAGUUCUCGUCUCCUCCUCCUUUGUCCAUCCCAUCACGCACCAACUCCCCUGUCAGAACACGAAAGCUUUCCCUCCACUCCCCCAUCACCGCCAGGGUCGGAGGCCUCGACCUCACAAGUCCUCUCUCAAACCCCAGCAUUAAUCACACUUCUCAGUCUGCUGCGAGUAGUCCCACUUCUGCCCACACCCCAACGACCCCAACACCUCAGACUCCUACUCCAGCCUCCUCUCCUCCCCUGCCUUCCUCCACCUCUCCUCCACCCAACAACACCAAGCCACAACAAGACCAAGUUCCUCCCAUUCCUUCUUCACCGGACCAGACUCCUGGACCGACUGCAGAAGGAGAGGACGCCCCCAGGAUUGACCCUUUCUGCGGGAAACUGCGACGGAGCAUUCGCAGAGCCGUGCUGGAGUCAGUGUCACUGGAGAAAAUUAUCCCCGAGUCUUCUCAGAGCAGUGAGGCAGGAGACUUGUCUCCGUGUCGCUCUCCUUCCACACCUCGACACCUCCGCUACAGACAGCCUGGAGUCCAGUCAGGGGAGAACUCACGCUGCCCAGUCUCUCCUGCCUCUGCCUUUGCAAUCGCAACAGCUGCCGCAGGACAUGGCUCACCACCAGUGUUUACUAACUCUGAAAGAACGUGUGACAAAGAGUUCAUCAUCCGCCGAGCUGCAACCAACAGGGUUCUUAAUGUGCUGCGCCACUGGGUCUCCAAACACUCACAGGACUUUGAGAUGAACGGGGAGCUGAAGAUGUCGGUGAUCUGUCUCCUGGAGGAGGUGCUCAGAGAUCCAGACCUUCUGCCUCAGGAGAGGAAAGCUACUGCCAACAUACUAAGUGCCCUUUCUCAAGACGAGCAGGAUGACGCCCAGCUGAGAAUUGAGGACAUCUUACAAAUGGCGGACUGUCCCAAGGCAGAGUGCUUUGAGUCUCUCUCGGCAAUGGAGCUGGCUGAACAGAUCACUCUGUUGGAUCACAUUGUCUUUAGGAGCAUUCCUUACGAAGAGUUUCUCGGCCAAGGCUGGAUGAAGGUUGAUAAGACAGAACGGACGCCUUAUAUCAUGAAAACAAGCCAACACUUCAAUGAUAUGAGCAACCUGGUGGCAUCGCAGAUUAUGACCCAUACUGAUGUGGGCUCGAGGGCCAACUCCAUAGAGAAGUGGGUUGCCGUGGCCGACAUCUGUCGCUGUCUCAACAACUACAACGGAGUACUGGAGAUCACAUCUGCACUCAAUCGCAGUGCCAUCUACCGUUUGAAGAAGACCUGGGCUAAAAUCAGCAAACAGACUAAAGCCCUGAUGGACAAACUGCAGAAGACUGUCUCCUCUGAGGGAAGGUUUAAAAAUCUGAGGGAAACUCUGAAAAAUUGCAACCCUCCUUGUGUACCCUAUCUUGGAAUGUAUUUAACAGAUCUGGCCUUUAUUGAGGAGGGAACGCCCAACUUUACUGAGGAAGGCCUCGUUAACUUCUCCAAAAUGAGGAUGAUUUCCCACAUCAUCAGAGAGAUCCGUCAGUUCCAGCAGACUCCGUACAGAAUAGAGCUUCAACCCAAGGUGACCCAGUACCUUCUGGAUAAGACUCUGAUCAUGGAUGAAGACACUCUCUAUGAUCUCUCUCUGAAGAUCGAGCCCAGGCUUCCUGCCUGAAUGACAACUCUUUGUGGCCAGUGUGAGCCUGUGAAUCCUGGACCCCUGAGGGCAACACACCCCUGUAAUGCCAUCAGUCAAGAGGAAAUCAGGAAUUUUUGAGAGCAACAUGGAAAAGGAAAUCAGAGGCUGAUCGGAGAGUGGUCUUAAGAGUCCAGUGUGGAGACAGUCAGACAGAAGCUGCUUUGAACAGGCUGAUCGUUAAGAGCUGCGUUGCAUGAGGGGUUUUGAGGAAAUGAUGUGUUGCUGUGUGUGGUCAUCGUUCCUCCGUGGAGAGUGGUGCACGAGACAUCACACUUCCUCAGACAGGCUGAGAGCGCGGGAAAGGCAGAGAGCUUGAAGUGGAUGUAACAGAGAUGUAGCAUUAUACAGAUUGUGUGACAGAGCGAUGUCUGACUUUGUGUCUCAGUGCUGUUGUCUGUGUUCUGUAAGCUGUGCAUUUUUGUACCACGUCCUGGAGCAAAAGCCCCAAAAUGCUUUCUGUCUCAGUUGUCACUGUAUAAAACUUGCAUGAUUUCACUUUGGGACGUGACUGUGUAAAUGGACUUCAGCCUGAUCCCCGAUCCCUAACUUAGCAUGCUUCACUCUUUUCAGGGUGACUCUAAGCCGCUAUGCACACUCAGUGGGCUGGGUAUGGCAAAAUGCCUUUAAGCCUUCAAAUAAAAUGUAGAAAGGUACUAAAACAUUAACAUAAUUUUAAAUUGAA